AUGUCCAAUUCGCCAGUCACACAGACGCAUCACGUCUCUGAAUCGGACGUUGAUGUUCUCAACAGUCUGUCCAAUCCCAGUGCGAAAGUCGGCAGAAAAGCCAACCAAAUUGGCAGCAGACGACCUUCUAUGGAUCCUAUGAUAUUGGCAUUGGCAGCAGCGAAGCCACCGACCCACAACCACUACCAGCAUGACUGGUUCGGUAUGGACUGCACCGGUUCGAAACCAAAGCGGUUGCCUACGAAUUACCAAUCGCAGCAAAAGCCACGCAAAGAAAGGCUGAGUGAACUGAAGCACGAGAGAAAGAAUUCGCGGAGUUCAGUGCAGUCGGUGGAAAAGCAACAACUGCCAUUGGAAGUCACGUGUCAGGUCAGGACACGCAUCCCAACACCACACGGCGAGGUGUUCUGCCAUCUCUAUACCAACAACCACGAUAAGAAGGAACAUCUCGCAUUCAUCGUAGACCCCGAUCAGCUUAAGCGCGAGCACGUCUCAAGCAACGAUAUACGCUCGAGAUCCCUCGACGGCGUUCGAGCGGGUGAGAGCGAACUCGACCGGCUCACUAGAGGUGCUUACGUGGGCAAAAUCAAGAGAUCAGUCAAUCAAGUUAACACUGCGUCCACUAAUAAUUUAAACGCUAUGCCAUUCGCACUCAGACAAGAAAAUCAAGAUCGGUUACCUCCCCUAGUGCGUAUACAUAGCGAAUGCUACACUGGUGAAACUAUUGGUUCGCAGAGGUGUGAUUGCGGUGAGCAACUCGAUGAAGCACUCCGUCAAAUGUUUGUUGGGACUUCCAAAGACCACUUCAGCAAGGCACGAGGCGUGGUGGUAUAUAUGAGACAGGAGGGUCGUGGUAUCGGUUUAGCUGCUAAACUGCGUGCGUACAACCUGCAGGAUCUUGGUCAUGACACUGUCACUGCCAAUGAACUUCUUGGUUUUGGUGCAGAUGAAAGAACAUACGAAAUCUCUGCUUCAAUUUUGAGAGACUUGGGCCUCGGCGUUGGUUCAUCGGGUAUUAGACUAAUGACAAACAAUCCAGACAAAGUCAGUGCGUUGGAAACAGAAGGUAUCCCUGUGUAUGAUAGAGUUGAAAUGAUACCAAGAGCAUGGAAGUGUAGUCACAAUGAUGGUGUCUCAAUGGCAGACGUUAAGGCUAAACAUCUUUUCACAAAUCCAGAAAGAUUCAGUACAGGGGGUGAGCAGACUCCGAACAUAGCUUCUAAUCGUGGAGAAGAGGAGAAGGAUGUAUUUGCAAAGUCGCUUUCAAAUGCAGAGAAUGACAGUGGGGAUGAAUAUGCACAACACGUGCUUAGACGUUCAGGGGCGACACUUAUAGGAGCUGGUGCAGCACACGGCGACGAUCUCGAACGUUAUCUGAGAACUAAAGUGGAGCGAAUGGGACAUCUUCUCAAGAUCCCGCAACAAAAUAAAGACUAA